ACUCAAUAGUUGGCCAUUGCUGAUACUCGCUCCAAGCCAUGCUCAGUAUUAUUUACUUUAUCAUUGUCACAUCGUUACGACUCACGAGUAUCGUAGAAUUUAACUGGUAUUAAGUAUUUUUAUUGAUUUUGUCGCACCAUGUACUUCGAUCUACAACUUUGUCCAAAAUAAAAUUGUUCGACAUUUCCACAAUACACCACGUUAACGUGCCGAGGCAUCGCCCAUCAGCAGUCCUGUACUCUUCGCGUCGAUGUUAAAACCCAACAGUAGUUGCCGUUACGGAUUUCUCAGUCUUACCUUCAAGUCUUUCGGGAAUCUCGACAAAUUGACCCAGUGCGAGCGAUACCUGCAACACGGGACCUAAACCGCCGGACGAUGCCCUGUUUAAGCGUUUGGGAGGGGCUAUUAAGACUGUACUGUAUGGUAUGUUUUCUUAUGUUUUACGUUGUCGUGUGCUUCCUUAUGUUAUCCUUAUGUCAACACAGCUGUUGAUUAUGGGUGUUUUUGUUUAUCCGUUUUCGGGACUGAUGAUUCUUAUGGUUUCGGAUCCGGAUCAACCCCACGAGGAAAAAGUGAGUCUUACCCGGAAGAACAGUUGCUGGAUGGUGGUUCGAAAGCCGGGUGGUUGUCCAUGUUUUCCGGGACUUCAGUGCUUCCCUUUCGCAUCGCAGUCAUCCGUAUCACUUUCCAUAGAUGCAGCAGUUAAUUUACUAUCCGAUCUGUGGGAUUCGCAAGCAAAGACGAUGUGAAGUGCAUAUGAUGAACAUGGAUAAACUGCGUCGUCAUUUGAAUGGAGAUGUGGAAAAGAAUCAGCGUUUGCAUUUCCUGGCCAUGACUUGGUAUUUCAUUUCCUAUAUUCCUUGCGCACACCACGCUGAUAAUUAUUGAUUUAUGUUCGCAUCGACUGCGAUUCACGAAAUGUCCAGACCGGAAGUCCAAAGCGGACGUGACAAAUUGCAGAGCGCGCCGCGGGACGCCAAUGCUGCUUGCCUGCGAUCUCUUCCGCGACCUGGUACUGGUUCUGUCGUCAAGGGUGGGCCGGUGUUCAAAGGUAUCCAGAAGUUUGCAAGUACAUACGACAUGCACAUCAUAGGAUUACGCAUAAGUUGCCCUGUCCGGCAAAGCGAUGAUUUUUAACGGAAUGUGGAACUUAAAAAGAUUUUGCCCAUCACCGGUCAUGAAAAAAUGUGCCACUGCGAUCUUCAAAACACACUCUUCAAAAUGAUGCGCUUCGUUCACGGCAGCUGAAUACCGGUUCAAAGAGAAGGAUGGUCGUACCUAUUAUUUUAAAAAGAAGGAAAAACGAGCAGUGGACGACUGGAUUAUGGCAUUUGUGUUAACGCCCAUUGCAGAAGUGGAAGGAAAAACAACAGAAUCUGGAACGCUAUUUGAACUGCAGGACGACAGCUGCACGAGGAAGGUUUACAUUCGUAGCAAGUCGUGGAACAAUUUUAAAGAUUUCUCCUCGGAUCUGCAUAUCAAAGGCGGCUCGUCCGCGUUUUCCAACAUGAGCAACAAGGUUCUCGCCAAGUUAGGGGAGUGGUAUCACCAACGGUAUAUUGAGAAAUGCGAAGACAAAGAAAUUCCGCUAAAGCGGCAAGCGGUUUCGCACCUGGGGCUGCAAGAAGACGGUGUUACUUUCGUUUUUGGUCCGGACAUAAUUUUCGUCCCUUUUGAGGGUGGAAUGGUGUUAGCCGACACCGAUAAAUGUGCAUAUGUGUGGACGCCUUUGUCAUCCGUUUUAAUUCCCCGCACUGUCGAGGUCUAUCAGGGAAAAAAGAAGGCCAGACUGUUUGCCAUUAUAAGACAACAUUUGCCAUUAGAUGUCUACUACACCUUCGUACUAAUGUGUGCACAUUCUUGGAUCAGCAUGUUUUACGGAGUCCUGAUCAGGCACUUCAAAGGUUUGCCAAGCUUGAUCGUAGUCGGACUACCAGACACGUGGAAAACGCUCCUUCUGAAUCUGAGCGUGUCAAUUUUCGGGACAAAUAUGGAAGACAUUUGCAAUUUAGGGGAAAUAACUGAUUCCGCAGGCCUUGAUCGCUGGACAAAAUUGCACGUUCCUUUAAUAAUCCACGAUAAUCCAUUUCCUAAGCUAAUGCCACGUAUAUUUGGAUGCGUGUACGAAAGAAAACUAUAUCUAAACUAUCGCAACAAAAACAGCGGUGGUGUGCAUCCUACUUCGUCUUGUGCGCUUACCAUGAAUUCCGAUGGCCUGGAUGAUAUCGCUGCCGCAACUAAAGACAAAAUGCGGACAUUGAGUCGGGUAGCUAUUUUGACCAUGGAUAACGAGAUAACCGACAUUGAUAACACUGUUUUCACACUUCUGGAACAAGCGCAGCAACGUGCAUCCAAAGAUGUUCGGAAACUGCUUCAUUUUGGCGAGGAAGGAUGCCGUGAACUGACUAAUGCGGUUAAUGACAAAUACGAAAUCAUCAAACCAAAACUAUUAUCAGCGGGAAUGGUUAGCUGCACUCACCGAAUUGCAACCUUAUACUCUAUACUGUCGUCUGUUGGGGAUAUGAUUGCCCGUAAAGUUGCUUGCGAGUACGACAAGGAAGAAGCUCUCCAAUGCCUGCUACGGCAUAUUUCAAAAGCCGCGCCAUAUCAAACUUUACCGCGCAAUGGUUUGACCGCGCGUACAACGCUAUCUUUACUUCCCGACCGAAGCAACUGCUUGGCCAAAGAAAGUUUUGCUCAACUGAUAGAAGCACUACGCAAAACAACUCAUGCCGAAAAGAUGAAUACGUUUUUUAAGAACGUUCUCUCGGUGAAGUUUGAAGAUAUUGCGGAAGACGUGCUUUGUUUGGCUGUUCGGAAGGACUUGUUCCUUGAUGCAACAAAAGAGGACCCGCUGCAACAAAAUCGCUGGUGCAUUGACCAGAUUGCUUGGGCAGACAAGCAGCACCAAGUGAAUCUGAAGGGUGUGCGGAGGCGUUGCUUAAUUUUGCCACGCGAGCACUUUACUUCAGAGCAACUUGCAAAGAUCGAUGGUAUCGUCGAUGCUUUGCAAGUUUCCUUAGACGAAGCGCCCGAGGUGAGCUUGGCCGGUAAUCCUGCUGCUGCAACAUGUAAAGCGAGGCCACAUUUGGAUGCUUCGCAAACGUCCAGCGGCAUAGGAAAGCGCAAAAGCAGCGCCAUGGAAGCUACUGAAUCUGGAACGCAAAAUGCUAACAUGGAUCAGUCACUUCCAGCUAACGACAGUGACUUCUCACCACUAUCUAGCAGCACUCCAAAGAAAAUGACUGCAAAAGAUAGAGUCCGCACAGGAAACAAAAUUCGAUCAUUUUCCGCUUCCGUUGUUUCUGAAGAUGAUCCCGAAGCUACAAAACGUGCCGUUCAUCAUCGUUUCGGAAAACUCAGCCAAGACGAUACCAAUGUAAGCGAAUCCAGCAAGAUCAUAAAAUGCGGGAAGUGUCAUGUGGCUCUUAUUCCGGACAACAAAGACAAACCGUGGUUGCGCUGCACAGUCUGCCAACAUGCUUUCCAUCAUAUGUGCGCAUCGUAUGUGUCACCUCGUGUUACCCGAUCAGGAAAACCACCACCAAAACAGAAACCUUGGAAAUGUCCUUACUGUUCUAAGCGAUAAAAACUAAUUACUAAUAAUUAUCGAUUAAUUAUCGAUUAAUUAUGAAUUAUCGAUUUUUGCAGUUAGCUCUUCAUAUGCUUUGCUAAAAUGCUCUAAAUUAUAGAUUUGAUUUUCUGCAGUGCUUCUGUAUUUUCCCAUUUUACCGAAAUUAAUUAGGCAUAAAACGUCGUAAAACCUUUCCUAAUGAUAUCAGCUUGAGCAUCACCGGUAUUUUCUAGUAGCGUUAACUACUAAAAUAUUAGAAACAUAAUUAGAAACCUAGUAAAAUAUUGAUAUUAUUUUCAAUGAGUUCUAGCAGCAUUCGAUGCUUUCCCUUGGUACCACAAAAGGGC